AUGACCAGCCAGCAACAAAUAGACCCUAAGAGACAGCAGGAGCUCCAACUCCAGUACACGAACUACAAAAACACGCUGCAACAGCUGGCGCAAAAGAUUGGUGAUAUUGAACAGGAAGCUGAAGAACACAAGCUGGUCAUCGAAACCCUUGACCCUCUCCCCAAGGAUCGGAAGUGCUUUCGCAUGGUAAAUGGGGUUCUCGUCGAACGAACAAUCGAAGAUAUCCUUCCUGCCCUGAAAACGAAUUCCGACGGCCUGAAACAAGUCCUUGAGGAAAUGCUCAAACAGUAUAAGUCCAAGCAGAACGAGUUGGAUAGCUGGAAGAAAAAGAAUAAUGUACAGGUCGUACAACCAUGA